AAUUAGGAAAUAAGUAAUUAUUCUGUGGAUGCAAGUGUAGACAAGCUCGACUUCAUUGGAAUAUUUCGACGCCGUCGUGCUACCUUGUCGUAUGUCGAUUUUUGACGUUCCGAGAUAAACGCAUUUCCAAAGAUUUUUUUGAAAUGGUCCUAUAAACUAUUGUCUUCAUAUGUUUAUAGGACCUAUUCAAAAAAAACUCUAGAUUUAAAUGUUUGGCAUGAAAUAAACAAAAACGAGAGCAUGCAAUGUAAACAAUAACAAACACGUUUUGUUUGGUUGACCAUUCUGUGCAUUGUUCCGAAGUUUGGUUGAAUUUGGUUACCGGAGUCCCGAAAUAAAAUUGAAAAUGUUUACGGUAGUCAAGCUCGUAUCUAUGUCAAACGCGUUCUGACCUGAAAUCCCUUUGGCCAAUUGUCGCACUUACAUCAAUUUUUAGGCUGUGUCAAGAUAGCACGACAAGAUUGAAACUUCUUCUAUAUGAAAGGUGACAAAAAUGCACGGAGUUUUUUCGGUUUUUAUUGAAUAUCUCAGGGUUGAAAUCGAAUUUUGGGUAUCUGUGAAAGUCAAAAGUUGUCGAACGUGCGACUGUGAACAUUCCUUCGAGUGAUUUGAAAUUGCCGGCUUCGACUGGGACGCAAGGUGAGAUAAACUAUGAUCUACCUCGCCCUCAUAGCGGUAGCGACGCUGCUGGUGCUGUUCGUCCGCCAGCGCUACAACUACUGGAAGGUGCGUGGCGUGCCGUACCUGGAUCCAGUGUUCCCAGCUGGGAACGUGUGGGGACUCGGAACGCGUCUUCACCUGUCCGAGGUGCUUCAAAAGUGCUACGAAAAACUCAAGGGAAAGGGUCCCUUCGGUGGGGUGUUCUUCUUCUUAGGACCAACAGUGCUUGCCACCGAUUUGGACUUUAUCAAAACGAUUCUGGUGAAGGAUUUCCAGUACUUUCACGAUCGAUCGUUUUACUAUAACGAAAAGGACGACCCGUUGACGGGACAUCUGUUCACGAUCGAGGGGCAGCGGUGGAAGAAUUUGCGCGCCAAGUUGACUCCAACGUUCACCUCUGGAAAGAUGAAGCUGAUGUUUCCGAUCGUGGCGGAUGUCGCAGCGGAGUUGAAAAAGUGUCUGGUUACGGAAAAAGAUGAAGGUGGUGAGGUUGAGCUGAAGGAUGUUCUCGCCCGAUACACGACGGACGUCAUUGGAAAGUGUGCCUUUGGGUUGGACUGCAACAGUUUGGAAAAUCCUAACGCAGAGUUUCGAGAAAUGGGUCGAAAGAUCUUCACGACUACACCGCUUUCCAUUAUUAAGCUGUUUUUCGUCCAGCAGAUAAAGCCCUUGGCUAGGAAACUUGGAGUUACCGUGUUAAACCAAGAAGUUACCAAAUACUUCCUGAAGGCCGUGAAGGAUACCGUUGAGUAUCGUGAAAGCAACAAUGUCGAACGAAAUGACUUUAUGAACUUGCUGAUCAAGCUGAAGAAUGCAGAACCCGUUGAUGAAGGAUCGUCACGAUCCAUGGAGAAACUAUCCCUCAAUGAGAUAUCAGCUCAAGCGUUUGUAUUUUUCUUCGCUGGAUUCGAGACGUCCUCAACCCUUAUGUCAUUCUGCUUGUACGAGCUAGCGAUGAACCAAGAACUUCAAGAUCGCGCCAGACAAAACGUACGUUAUGCUCUGAACCAGCACGGAUCGUUGACGUACGAAGCGAUUCAUGACAUGAAAUACCUGGAAAAUUGCAUCUUCGAAACCCUCCGAAUCUACCCACCGGCAUCAAUUCUCUUCCGCAUCGCCACCCAAGACUACCGCGUCCCGGACACCGACUUCACAAUCGAAAAGGGAACCGCCACCAACAUUACAGUGCUAGCGAUCCACCGUGAUCCGGAGAUCUACCCGGACCCGAUGAAAUUCGACCCGGAGCGGUUCAACCCGGACCAGGUGGCCAAACGGCACCCGUUUGCGUUUCUCCCGUUCGGGGAGGGUCCACGUGUUUGCAUUGGGAUGCGCUUUGCGCUGAUGCAAACCCGAGUGGGGCUGGCAACACUGCUGCAGAACUUCCGCUUUACGGUGUCGCCGCGGACGAGGAUUCCGGCGAAAAUUAAUCCCGCCAGUGGGAUUAUUAUGGCUGAGGGAGGGUUGUACUUGCAGGUGGAUCGAAUUGGUAAUUGAUCAAAUGAGAUUAAAUGAUGAAAAUCGGAUUGAUUUUUCCGCUGAUUUUUGUCUGUCAAAAGCAAACUUAAUUGGCAUGAUAUAUUCAGUUAUACUUUAUAAAUGAAAACUUAAUAGA